AUGUCUCAUUUAGCCGCACUUUUGAUUGCUCUCCAGAUACUACCAUCUGCAGCAGCGAGCACCUUUUGCGAUGCCGGCUCGAGCCACUGGGCGGGAACUGUUGAGAUUGGAUCAAAGAGCAGAGACAUGUUCUUUAUGUACUUUGAAAGCCGUAGCGUUCCCGCCAUGGACCCCCUGAUCUUCUGGCUGAACGGUGUAAGAGGACCUGGAGCAUCAUCCAUGACCGGGGUUUUUUAUGAGAUCGGGCCAUGUCUGGUGAAUUCCGAGGGCAACGCCACAACCAAGAACCCUCUGAGCUGGACUAAUUUCGCCAACUUAGUCUUCAUAGACCAACCAAUGGGUGUAGGGUUCUCCCGUCCUGAUGAGCCCGCCCUCUGGGCGAACAACCUUGCCGAGGCUACUGUCGACUUCGAUAAGUUUCUCGAUGGAUUCUUUGAACUCUUCCCGGGUCUCGAUGAUGCCGAACGUGACAUUCACAUGGCUGGAGAGUCUUUUGCAGGUCACUACAUCCCACACUUCACGUCCCGCACGCGAAGAAACUUUAGCUCUAUAGUUCUUGUCGAUCCAUACAUCGACUUGGCUGAGAGCGCUCUCGGGAUAUACGACCACUGCUGUGUUGGCGAGAACCCGCAUCCAGGGUUGAACAAGACUGCAUGCAAGGCCGUGGAGAAGAGACUUGACGUGUGCAAGACGCAAGGCGAUGUUUGCCGAUCAACUUACGACGUUUCGCUCUGUGAAAAAGCAGAAGACUCCUGCUUUUGGGCUAUCAUGGAAUGGUUCGACAAUGGCCCUGAGGGGCAUCCCACGCAUAAUCCAUUCGACGACAGACUGAUUUGCGACAACCCAGAAAGAUUGGGAAUGUGUGGUGGCAUGGGCACGGAAGAAGUCACCAGGUUCCUCAACCAGACAGCGGUGAAGCAAGCAUUGGGACAGCCAAACGUGAGCUUCUCCGAGAUCAACUACGCCUUCAACGCCAUCUGGACGGGACAGCCCGAAAUGAAUUUGCCAUCUACUCGGGAGAUUUCUCAUUUAUUGGACAUUAAGAACACCCCGAUCAUAGUGCUCAACGGCAAUAACGACAUCAUUGGUAAUACUGAAGGCAUGAUCAAAAUCCUGGACAGCUUGCCUUGGGGUAGCCAUGAUGAAUAUGAAAAGCAGAGCUUAUCACCGUGGUGGUAUGAAGACUCCCGAGGUCACCAGCGACGCGGAGGAGAGUUCAAGCAGUUCGAGAAGCUGGCCGUGGUCACGGUUGAUGAGGCAGGGCAUAUGAACAUGGCUGAUCAACGAAGAGGCACUUCUGCGAUUAUCAAACGCUGGCUGUCCAAAGCCUCUCUAGGCAGAAAUGAAAAGAAGGGUUCGAGCGGACGGAGUGGCUCCGAAUAA